UGGAAUCUGCGCAAUGUAGCUCAGCGUAGGGAUCUACAACCAGGCACAUAACAGGUCUGCGGCGCUCAUACACCGGGCACUGGACUCCGGAGCUCAGGCUCUAUCUACCGCCGUGGAGGUGGAGGACAAAUCAACAAGACACGGGAAAUAAACUGAACAUUUGAUUUUGUUUCAGCUUUCACUUGAUGAUCAUCAGUUUGUUUAGAUUCACGGGAUUCAUCAGUUUGUCACCAGAUGACAACACAUCUAAAUUAAAAAUGUAUCUAAACAUUAUUCUGCUGGACACGUUGUUGUGUUGAUGCUGUCAGGUUUUUUCUCUCCACUGGCGCAGUGUAACUCAGCUGGAGUCGCAUAGGAUGCCAUACAAUUAUAUAGGAAGUGACUCUCAGCUUGACAGGCAACACUUUCCAAGAAGCGAAAAAGACGUAAUCGUGCGGAUCUUUUCGUUUUAAACACACGAACACGAUGGAUGAAGGCACUGCCAGCGAGGCAGUCCCAGAUCUGAAAGACAUAGAGGUGAAAAUCGGCCGGAAGACCCCCGAGGGUUUACUAAGGUGGAUGCGGGAAGAGGCGUCCUCUCACCGGGGAGACGCGAAACUGGCCACCGCGUACGACACCAGUAAGGAGACGGGCAGGACGAGUUUGGAUGACAAGAUCAGGAAAUUGAAGAUGGAGAUGAUUCACUUGCGCUCUGUGGACGUGAAGAUCUUGCAGCAGUUGCUGGCGGUCCAUGAAGGCAUCGAGGCGGUGAAAUGGCUGCUGGAGGAGCGCAGCACACUGACGAGCCGCUGCAGCAGCCUAACCAGCAGCCAGUACAGCCUGGGCGAUGGCCCCGACACCUCCUGGAGAGGCUCCUGGAGCAGCUUGCAGGACCCCAAUGAGAAACUGGACAACAUCUCCAUCGGCAGCUAUCUGGACACCCUGGCGGAUGACAUGGAUGAGUACUGCCCCUCCAGCUCGGAGUCGGUCAUCUGCUCCUCUACACUGCUGGUCUCAGAGGCUACAGCUGGGGGCCGGACAGGGGGAGGCCCCGGGGCCAUGGUUACAGGAGCUGGGGUAGGGGUGAGGUCUGGUACUGGGGCUGGAAGUGGGAUUCGGGCUGGGGUAAGUGAAAAUGGAACUGCUGUUCCUGUCAGCUUUCCCCAAGCCAAGUCUGAAGGCCCCAAACAAGAUGCUCCAGUCUGGACGAAGGCUGCAGAUACUGGUAAAGAAAGCCCAGUUUCUAAGGCCAAUACCCAAUCACAAGACAUCAAGGCUAAUGGCGCCCUGGAGAAACUAAUCACGCAAACAAGCAGCCCAAGCAGCCCAACCCGCCCAACCCGCCCAACCCGCCCAACCCGCCCCAGCCUCAAUGAGAAACUGGGAAACAACCAGAGCCCAAAACUCAAACCUUACAAAAACGGAAAGAUCGACUUGGAUACUUGCAAAAUGAACGGCAAAAUGCAUCUGGAGUACGACGCGCACUGGCGGUGGGUGCAGUCGCAAGAAGAUGUGACGUUUUUGUAAGAAGGAUAAUAACAGAUGGGGAUAAAGCCACUAUUGAAGACCCCUCUGUAACAUCAAAGACCAGAUCACUGAAGGGUAGAAGAAGGAGCGUCGAAUGCUGUUGUGAAAUGCACAUAGUGAGGCUUUCCUCGCUGACAGUCACUGGGUUUGAAAGACAAAGAAUAACUUUUCCUUGUCCUGUUGUUCCCUCCUGUGACCGCACUAACUUUCUAUAAAACAUUGAUGUCAGUAUUAUGCUGGAUGCACAUUACAGGAUUUUGAGCAUAUUUGGCCCAACUGGGCUGCCUCACACACAAUUAGAAACAAUUCAUUUUAAAAUCCUGUGACAUAUUUCUUUCUCUCUAUUCCCUGAUUUCUUUACUUUUCUUUUCUUUUCCUUUUCUAUUGCACAGUAUGACGAUCUACUGGAGAGCUGAAACAGUCAUUCAGAUUGCUUGACAUAACCAAUGUAAAUUAGAUUUGAAUUAUAAUUUGACUUUCUCAUCCAGAAAAAUAAUUCCCAUGAGCUACAAUUUCUCUUUUUACAAUCAACCUAUAAUUAAAACCCAGCGGCACAACACAGAUUUCUGACCUGCUUUAAGAAAAUUGCUCUGGGAUCUCCUUAAUUACUUCAUACUUCCUGUGGUGGGCCAAAAACUCCACUACUAACAGCACUGAUAGAGACGAUUAUACUGCAUGUAAAUGAGUAGAAGACCAAAGUUUUCCCCUAUCAACCCACCAUUCUUUAGUCAGAAAUUAAAUUCAUGGUACAUACCUUUUGUCUUAGACAAUAUAACUAAACAUGUGAUGGUUAUAAGCAAUAUUACUUGAUAAAUUAUUAACAAAACAUAAAUAUUAAACACCUUGUGAUAAUUCUGUGAGUGUGUUUCUCCCCAAACUCAUAGCUGCCUGACAAAAAAUAGAAGAUGUUAAAAUAGAAAACAGAGCACUGAGGUUAGUAAAAAUGUCCCUCAUUGAGAAAUAAUGUACUCAUUUGUGUCUUUGUGGAGCUAAA